UCUCUGCGGUGGGGCUCGUGUCCCGCUCUGGACCAGGCUGUGUCUGAGCUGUGGGCAGCAUGGUGCCGCAGCACCAUGGGGCCUGCCUAUGCCCCGUCCCUGUCACAUCCGUGCAUCCCGGGGGGAUUAGUGCAGCAGGGCAGGGCUGGGACCCCUGUGACAUGGGGGUGCUGAGGCUCGGUAACUCAGGGCUUGUCUACAUGGGGAUGCCGAUGGCAGGCGCUAUUGCAGAGUAGUGGCUCCCACCCCAGCGGUGGUCUGUUCUGGAGCAAACGUCACUUGGUUCUGGGUAUAUUGCUGCGUUUCUAAAGCAGAGCCCGGUGGGGAGCCAUUCCCCAAUAGUUAUUGCUGUCAGUUUCCUGUGUCAGAGCAGGGACUGGAACCUGUGGCCCGGGUGGGCACGCUACGCACUGGGGCAGCCUUCCUCUGCUGCUCCCUUGCUAGGUGGGCCCGUGUCCUCGCUCCGGGGUUACCGUGAGUGCAGUGCUACGCGUGGCAAGCCGCGCUCUAGCAUGGUUGGGGUGCUGCCUUCCUGUGCAGUCAAUGAGGCAGGGCAUGUUCCAGAUGGGGGCUAAUGCUUGAGUGGGGUGGCAUGCGGGUGUGGUUGAAAUGGGGUGAUACAAGAUUUGUGCCCAGGAUAGCUGGCACCCGUGCGCUCUAGCCAUGCCACAGGAGUCGCAGGGAACGUCUCCGCUGUCACAGAUCAACAGCAUCGGUGCUACGCCCCCAGUUUUGGAACAAUCUCUGGAACGAACCCUUCAGUUUGCCCAGCCCCCAAGGGGUCUCAAUCUUGUGCAUGGGGUAGGCCUCAAUGCCUCCUUCCGGUGAAUCUCUGGGGCUCCAGCACACAUGUUUCACAGCAUGAGCUUUGCCUGGUGAGUCUAGCUGAACUGAACUGCUGGGAGAGACUAGGCCACUCUUCAGGGACUAAUGCACCUCAGCCAGUGUUUGCAGUGACACUCAGGGUUGGCAAACCAGGUGGGUUUAUUAGUCACCUGUUACAUAGCAUGGGGCGGCCUUAGGUCAGCAGAGAAAACUGAAGGUUAAAGCAUCGAUCGUUCUGGUCAGCCAGAGCCCAGCCAAGCUAGAGCAAAGGCUGGACACAUGCACAACUAGGUUGAUGCAAGGCAGCCUACUUCAACCUAACUUUGUAGCAUAGACCAGGCCUUAGUCUCUUAGCCUGUCCUGAGAGCAAACAGUCCUUCCCCUGCCCUCUGGGUAACAACAUAAAAUAUGGGGGAACUGAGGCACGCAUGGGCUUAAUUAAAAAUAUUACAGAAAAUUCCCACUUUGUCCCAUACCCUGCAGAUGGAGGGGUGAUUCCUAAGUUGGGUAGAGGUUCCUGCACUAGUGUGUACAGCUACUUAUGAAUUGCAUCUCCAGUGGCAGUGUAGACAGGCCCCCAGAGAGCUCCGCUUAUGGGCCGCUCUCAUUGUAUCCUUGGGGCUAGCACUAGGUUCUGUGGGUUCCCGAAUCCAGCUGUGCCUGGUUCUGGAGGGGAUGGACGUUGGCUUGGACACACUAACAUCUCCCAUGUACAGUGUUACCCCUGGGCUAGCAUGCUGGGAGCGUGGGCUGCUCCAUGGGGUAAUGGUCCUCUUGCCAGCCUUGGGCCAGUGUCAUUGGGAGGUGAUGGAAGGAGGCAGCUUGGAAGGAACAGUCGGUGGCGCUGUCUACCUGUCUGUGAGGCUGGGGGAGCUGGCUGCGGCUGGGCUGGCUGCAGCGCUGGUGCCCCAUAGAGGCAGAAGAAGAGAGGAGAGGGCGGCACGGACUAACCCUGGGGCCGAGUCCUGCAUGGCAGGAAGAGCCAGCCCAAACGCCUCCGCUUCAGAAACGUGGGCCUUUCUGCCCCCAGGGCAGCCACUGGAGUCCUGUUCGCAGCGGGCAGUAGCCAGUGAUGCCUCAAGCGCCAUGGGCUCCAUGUUCCGCAGCGAGGAGGUCUGCCUGGCCCAGCUCUUCCUGCAGUCGGCCUCGGCCUACGCCUGCGUCAGCGAGCUGGGCGAGAGGGGGAUUGUGGAGUUCAGAGAUCUCAACCCCAAUGUCAACGCCUUCCAGCGGCGCUUCGUGGGUGAGGUGCGGCGUUGCGAGGACAUGGAGAAAACCUUCACGUUCCUGCACCAGGAGCUGCGGAAGGCAGGGCUGGCACUGGGGCCCUGCCCUGAAAGCCCCCCGGCCCCUCUGCCCCGUGAUGCCCUGCACAUCCAGGAACAGUCCGAGCAGCUGGCCCAGGAACUACGCGAAGUGAGCCGCAACCGGGAGUCGCUGGGCCGGCGCCUGCGGGAGCUGCAGGAGUAUGCGCAUGUCCUGCGUGAGGGGCAGCGCUUCACCGGCCAGCUGGCAUCACUGGGCUCCCCUGCCCGGCCCCGCGCCCUCUCAGACCAGGAGCCCCUGCUCAACCCGUCCAUGGCACCGCGUCUCGAUGUCAAAAUCAACUUUGUGGCGGGUGUGAUCCACCCAUGGCGGGUGACCUCCUUUGAGCGGCUGCUGUGGCGUGCCUGCCGCGGGUACCUCAUCGCCAACUUUGUGGAGAUGGCGGAGCCCAUGGAGGACCCAGCCACAGGUGAGAGCAUCACCUGGGUUAUCUUCCUCAUUUCCUACUGGGGGGAGCAGAUCGGACAGAAAAUCCGCAAGAUCUCGGACUGCUUCCACUGCCACAUGUAUCCCUACGCCGACAGGGAGGCCGACCGGCUGGAGGUGCUGAGUGGGCUGCUCACCCAGAUCAAUGACCUCACCACGGUGCUGGGGGAGACGGAGCAGUACCUGUCCCAGGUGCUGCAGAAGGUGGUGCUGAUGCUGCCAGCCUGGCGCGUGAAGGUGCAGAAGAUGAAGGCCAUCUACCUCAUCCUCAACCAGUGCAGCUUCAACGUCAUCGAGAAGUGCCUCAUCGCCGAGGUGUGGUGCCCCGUGCGUGACCUGCCACAGGUGCAGGAGGCCUUGCGCCAUGGAUCGCACAAGAGCGGCUCAGGGGUGGAGUCGUUCGUGCACCGGAUCCCCAGUUCUGAGAGCCCUCCCACCCUCAUCCGCACCAACAAGUUCACCACUGGCUUCCAGAGCAUCGUUGACGCCUAUGGGGUCGCCAGUUACCAGGAGGUGAACCCGGCGCCCUACACCAUCAUCACAUUCCCCUUCCUGUUUGCUGUCAUGUUCGGGGACGUGGGCCACGGGCUGCUGAUGUUCCUUUUUGCCCUCUGGAUGGUGCUGGCUGAGAGCAGCCCCCGCCUGAGGGAGGCGCGCAACGAGAUCUGGCGGACGUUCUUUGAGGGGCGCUACCUGAUUCUGCUCAUGGGGGCCUUCUCCGUCUACACCGGCUUCAUCUACAAUGAGUGCUUCAGCAAGGCAACCGCCAUCUUCCCCUCCGCCUGGAGUGUGGCCACCAUGGUCAAACACUCCAACUGGAGCUCCGACUAUUUAGCCAGCCACGCCUUCCUCACCCUGGACCCCAACGUCACUGGAGUCUUCAAGGGGCCCUACCCCUUCGGGAUCGACCCGGUCUGGAGCCUGGCCAACAACCACCUGAACUUCCUGAACUCCUUCAAGAUGAAGAUGUCAGUGAUUCUGGGCAUCAUCCACAUGAGCUUUGGGGUGCUGCUCGGUGUCUUCAACCACCUGCACUUCAGGCAGCGGUACCAGGUGGCACUGGUCUUCCUGCCCGAGGCGCUCUUCCUGCUGGCGCUCUUUGGCUACCUCGUCUUCAUGAUCUUUUACAAGUGGAUCACGUUCAGUGCUGUCAACUCCCUGCUGGCACCCAGCAUCCUCAUCCACUUCAUUGACAUGUUCCUGUUCACUGAGAACCCUGACAACCACCCGCUGUAUCCGGGACAGGUGACGGUGCAGAAUGUCCUGGUCGUCCUGGCUCUGGCCUCUGUGCCUGUCCUGCUCCUGGGCACGCCCUUGUACCUGUGGUGCGAUCACCGCCGCAGGGGGCGCCCUCGUCUUGGGCAGGGCCCACCUGGGGACGCCGGGGAGCGUCAGCCGCUGCUGAGCUCGCAGGAGCCGGGGAACUCGGUGAACGUUACGGAGGCCGACGUGGAGCGUGGCGGGCAUGGCCCUGAGCCUGAGUUUGAAUUCUCUGAAGUCUUCAUGCACCAGGCCAUCCACACCAUCGAGUACUGCCUGGGCUGCAUCUCCAACACGGCCUCCUACCUGCGCCUGUGGGCACUCAGCCUGGCCCAUGCACAGCUGUCGGAGGUGCUGUGGACCAUGGUGAUGCGGAACGGCUUCCUGAUGCAUGUCUACGUGGGCGGGGUGCUGCUUGUGCCCGUCUUCGCCUUCUUCGCCGUGCUGACGGUGGCCAUCCUGCUGGUGAUGGAGGGGCUGUCGGCUUUCCUGCACGCCCUGCGCCUGCACUGGGUGGAAUUCCAGAACAAGUUCUACGUGGGCACCGGGUACAAGCUGAGCCCCUUCGCCUUCCCCGCCGACAGCUGGGAGUAGGGCCAGCCCGGCCCUCGGCACCACGUGCCCCCCCCGCCACCCCCACCUCAAAGGGAUGGUGCCCCCUCCCACCCUGUCCCAGGGCAGGGGCCUCUCUUUGGGUUUGCAUCUUCUACACUGGCCACUGCUCCCCUAAGCCUGGUGCUGUUUCCCCUCCCCCGCCCUGCCCCUCCCCUCCCCUCCCCUCCCCUCUGGUCUGGUGCUGUCAUCUGCUGUCUGCGGAGCCUGGUGCUCCCUGCCGUGGCACAGAUUACUUUUGUCCUGUCUUUUGUACGAUUAAAGAGUGAAACAGC